AUGUCUGAGAAGCUUUGGUUCCAAAAUGUUAUGGCACUUGCCCCCCUACCGCCGCCAACUCCCGAAGGCAAAGUCAAGCGAUACAUGAGCCUUUGGCCAGCCUGGGUCCCUGGAUCGGAGCUCGUUGGCGGCAAGGGGCGCGGAUCCAAAGCAGAUCCUCGAGCUGCCUACGGAGGACAUGUGUACACACAAGCCCCGCUAGCUGCGUGUCGAGCGUUGGAGGAGGAGGAGCCGGCAGGGACGGUGCGUCAGCCGAAGGAACCAAGCAAACGACUCCAGGCCGAUGACUUCAACCUCGAAGACUUAGAAAGCGAGCUCGGCGAUGUCUGCUUUAGCUGUAUAUGCACUUUCAAACGACCAGAAGAGGGCCGGGUGAGCUCCCAGGAAGUCCCGCCACAGGAAAGGUUCGGCGAAAUUCUCAAAGCAAAAGCACCUGGGGACUGGCCCAAGGCGCCUGCAGUGGACGUGGAAGAGAUCAAAGCCAUGUUUCCCGACGCCUCGGGUCAUUUCCCCAUUGUGGAUAUGCACAAGGUCGACUUGACUGGUUGGAACGAAGGAAAGCCGGUAACAGAACGGAGGGAACUGCUCUUCUACCGGCUGAGAGGGCCCCUCCCAGCUGACGACCCGAACCAGCAUGUUCUCGUGCAUGCUUUUGAGUCAGAUCGCAACGGCCUUCUGAUGGUGGGCAACCACAUCGGCCUCGGAUGGAGUCUGGGGACCGCAGCAAGCCUGACGUACGCCUUCGUUGUUCACGUCAACGUUGAUGAGGCUGUGAUGAAGGAUCCUUCAGGGGCGGAGGACGGGUGGUGGAUUCAGGAGGUUUCGUUCCCUCGUGCGGGUCAGGGGCGAGGGGCGCUCAUGUGUAAGAUGUGGAGUCCUUCUGGUGUUCAUGUGGCUACGGGAUAUCAAGACGGCAUCAUUAGAGAGCGAAAGGUCGAAAAGGAAAAGUUAUGA